GUAUGAUCACUUUCACAGCCGCUCUCCUCUGCUUCACGGUGGGCCCACUCAGUCCAGCUCCCGCUGCCUUAGGUUCCCGAAUGGGCAAAUCCUGUUGUACAAGCUACAAUAGGAAGCCAGUGCCCUUCCAGGUGAUAAAGGGCUACAGAGAACAAACCACCAGGGAAAACUGCCGCAUGGAGGCGAUCAUUUUCUACACGGCUAAGAAGAAUGAGAUAUGCGCCACCCGAAGAGAUGAGUGGGUGAGGAAGACUCUGGAACUACUCAGCUCCAAACUGAAGAAGAUGUCCAAGGUUCGGUCUGCUGCAGGUGUAACUCAGAAUCCCGUCAUUUAGUGAGAAGCAUGGAUCUUUCUUCAGUAGCACAGAAACCUUUAUGAAUGACACUGACAGUUCCUAUUAAACAAAAACCAAGU